AUGUCUCUCAAGGCCAUCUAUGAGAGAUUCCUUGCGGAUCCGAACUCUGCUGCGCUCAGCCCCGAUGUCUCCUUGAAUUACAUUACCACGACAACCGUGUUUAAUGGCGCAGAUGCGGUCCUGAAGCAUCUGUCCAGCCAGCAGAAGAUUGUCAAGAAAAAGUCGGACAAGACACUGAGUGCCAUCGAGGCCACUGGUGCGCUCGUUCUCGAUGUUGAGACUACUUUGGAGUUUGUCUCUGGAGGCGGGGCUUAUCUCCCCUCUCUCGAUGAUAAUUUCCUGGCCGACCGCGUCGUGACCUUCCCCACGGUCCAUAUUGUUCGCUUCGACGCGCAGAACCAGAUCCAACAGAUCAGACUCUACUGGGACCAAGGAUCGUUGCUGAAGCAGGUCGAUGUCAUUGGCGCCCGUGGGCGCAACUGGCCGAUUCGCGACGCGCAGGACCAGACACGAUUGAUUACCACGGUCUCUUCUGGCGCUCACGGCACAGUCACCCCUCCCACGCAGAGCAGCACGGUUGUCUCUCCCACUAAGCCUCUCAAGGACCCUCACGCGUCGUUGUCCUUGUUUUCGAAUGGCGCCGAGGAUGAACAAGCUCCGCCAGCCGUCAUUCCGCCGCGCGCCGCUGCCUCUGCGAAGCCUCCGCCGCGUGACUACAAUGAGCUGUUCGUCGGAGAUGCCGAGAAUGAUGCCACUCCUACAAAGGACAGCUCCCCAGGCAAGAACGGUGUCGUGGCUCCCAAGGUCGGAGCGGGGAAGAACUUCCAGCCUAACCGUUUGUUCGACGACGAUGAAAAGGUCGCCGCUGAAGAGCAAUCGAAAGGCGUUGUGCCACCCAAGGCCGGGUCAGGCAAGAACUUUCAGCCUAACCGUUUGUUUAAUGAGGACGACGCGGACGCUGGAGAACAAGGCGAGCAGAAACCGGAGCCCCGGUACAAGCCUCAUCCCAACAAAUUCAGUCAUUUUGAGCUAGGCGACAACAAUGACGGCGAGAGGGAGAUCAAGUCUAUUCCUUCACGUCCGAAAUCACGUCAUCUGUCUCAAUGGGACUUUUCAGACUUCAGCACCCCCGAGAAGCCCCGGGGUAAAGUCCGUGGUCAGGAUGUCCGCCAUUUCGGCUGGAGUGACAACGAGGAUGAUGUUCAGGAUACCCCACCGGCUCGGCCCCGUGUUGCUCACCCACGACGCGAUGCUGAGACGCACUUCCAGUUCGAAGACGACGGCGUGCAAACCGCUGAGCCUGCGCCCAAGAAAAUCAUCGGAUCUGCGCACAACAGGGGACUGGGACUUUACGAGAACAACCUCUACGAUGAGGAGGGCAAUCCUACUCCUAACGAGACCGCCGAGACCGCUCCGGUGGGUGUCCAUCCGAACGGAGCUCAUCGCAAGAAGGACUUUGACAGCCACUGGUCGAUCUCUGACGCUUCACCACCUGAGGGGGAGACGAAAGUCCAGAAUCGACACAUCAGCAGCGACCGCAUCAAAGCGGUGAAGAUGAUGGACGCGUCUUGGGAUGCGUAUGACCAGUCUCCGGAACCGAAGCAAGAUGUCCCGACUGCUUAUGCGAAGCGCGUUAGCCGCAAUGUGAACCAGAGAAGCUUUGCAUUCGGCGACGAGGAUAUUUAG